AUGGAUGAGAAGCUGCAGGCGCAUCAGGUUGACAUCGACCCGGAUUUUGAACCUCAGAGUCGGCCUCGCUCUUGCACCUGGCCGCUGCCUCACCCCGACUUCCCGGGCGAAGAAGACGAUGGAAGCGGCGGUGCGGGAGGAGGUGGUGGCGGCGGCGGCGGCGGCGCCCCCAAGCACCCUUUGGCCGGCGGCCCCGAAGGCGCCGAGAACGCCGGCGUGGCGGCGGAGCGUGGCAAAGCGACCCCCGCGCUGCCUUCCUUGAGCGCGGACGUUGGACAGCUCCGCAAAGCGAAGACUUCGCGGCGGAACGCUUGGGGCAACCUGUCUUACGCCGAUCUCAUCACCAAGGCGAUCGAGAGCUCCCCGGAGAAACGGCUCACCCUCUCCCAGAUCUACGACUGGAUGGUCCGAUACGUGCCCUAUUUUAAGGAUAAAGGCGACAGCAACAGCUCGGCUGGAUGGAAGAAUUCGAUCCGGCACAACCUGUCCUUGCACACCCGCUUCAUCCGCGUGCAAAACGAAGGCACCGGCAAAAGUUCCUGGUGGAUGCUGAACCCCGAAGGUGGCAAAACUGGGAAGACGCCCCGCCGACGAGCCGUCUCCAUGGACAACAACAGCAAGUUCCUGCGGAUCAAAGGCAAAGCCAGCCGGAAAAAGCAGAGCCAGACUGCUCAGGAACGAGGAGAGGAAAGCCCAGCGAGCCAGCAGGCCAAAUGGUCAGAGAGCCCCACCUCCCACGCCGGCGAGGAAUAUGACGCUUGGGCUGACUUCCGGACACGGGCCAACUCCUCGGCCAGCACGCUGAGCAGCCGCCUCUCCCCCAUCAUGGCCAACCAUGAGCCGGAUGAUCUGGAGGAGGAUGAUGGGACCCCCUCCUCCCCGCUGAUGUACCCCAGCCCUUCGAGCACCCUCUCCCCUUCCCUGAAUGCCCGCUGUUCAGUGGAGAUGCCCAGGCUGACCGACCUCACUGGUACCAUCAACCUGAACGAGAGCCUGGGGGAGAGCCUUCUCGAUGACCUGCAGGACAACUACAGCAUGAGCCCAGCCCAGCCGCUUUCUGCCGGAGGACUUCGGCCCAGGACCUCCAACUUUGGCUUCAGCUCCAAGUGCUCCUCCGUGGGGGCAGGAGGUGGGGGAGGGGGAGGAGGCGGGAACACCUACUCUGGGACUAUUUAUAGCCAGCCCGCCAUGAGCAUCAUGCGCCGUCUGCCCAUGCAGACCAUCCAAGAGAACAAGCAGGCCACUUUCGUCCCCAUGAAUUCCUACCGCAACGCCUCGUUGCAGGACCUGCUCUCCUCCAUUUCCUACGCGCACAAGGAGGGGGAGCCGCACCUGCCCCCGGCCAGCAGCAUGGGCCUGCCUCGCGGCCACAGACCAAACGCCCUGGUGUGUAGCGGUGGGGGUGGAGGUGGAGAGAUAGGGUUGGUUCCCUACCCUCCCCACUCGUCCUCCCUCAUGAAGAGCAACACGUUAUACCACCACCCGUUGCCAGCUGGCCAUCACCCUCCUCUUAACAACAGUGCCUUACCGUCUCCGAUCAGCCUUAUGAGCCUGCCCGGUGACACUUGCAGCAUGGUGAACAUGCCUCACCACGGGCAUCUCCAUUCCUACGUCAGCAACCAGGGGGCGCACAUGAGCUUGCUAGAUUCCUUGCAGGGACCUUACCCAGAAGCCAUGCACACCCCUGUUUUGAGUCAGGACAGAUUCCCAGCCGAUCUAGACUUGGACAUGUUCAACGGGAGCUUGGAAUGCGAUGUGGAGUCCAUCAUCCUCAAUGACUUCAUGGACAGCGACGAGAUGGACUUCAACUUUGACUCGGCUCUUCCGCCACAAAACGGUCUCAAUGUGGCCCCUUUGCCCAGUGCCCCACAGCCCAGCAAUCAAAGCUGGGUACCUGGGUGA